ACUGCAGAACCGCACAGCCCGCCAGAGUAGAGUAGCUAGCUGCUAGGUCUGUCUCUAGAAGUCUGAAGCAAAGCGGUCCUGCCCGGGGGAAUGGGUGAAAUUUAAACAGGAAAAGUUCGACAGGCUGUCUGCGCAACAGAAGUACGUACUGGGGAACCAUGGACGAGGGCGGGGGCUUGGUGGAGUUCGACGUGCCGGAGUUCAGCAGCUCGGUGCUCAGCCAGCUGAACGAGCUGCGGCUGCAGGGCAAGCUGUGUGACAUCAUCGUGCACAUCCAGGGCCAGCCCUUCCGCGCCCACAAGGCCGUGCUGGCGGCCAGCUCGCCGUACUUCCGCGACCACUCCGCCCUGGGCACCAUGAGCGGCCUGUCCAUCUCCGUCAUCAAGAGCCCCGAGGUGUUCGAGCAGCUGCUGGCCUUCUGCUACACGGGCCGCAUGUCGCUGCACCUGCGCGACGUGGUCAGCUUCCUCACCGCCGCCAGCUUCCUGCAGAUGCAGGCCGUCAUCGACCGGUGCACCAAGCUCCUGGAGGGCAUCCACACCCAGAUCAGCCUGCCCCCUAGCGGCAGCCCCGGGAAGGACGGCUCCCUGGCCAGCCGCAACGGCGUGAAGGAGAGGAGCGCCUUCCUAGACCCCACGCAGAUCUCCCCGCCCCACUUCCUGCGUGGGACCCUGGGCUCCGGCGGCGGGGCGGAGCCCGGGGGGAGGGGCCCGGGCAAGCGGCGGUUGCAGGAGGAAGGGCACUCGGACCGCGGGAGCAGCGACGGCGUCUCGGAGGCGGAGCUGGAGCAGGUGGAGCUGAUCGGCAGGGACGGCCAGGUGACGGAUGUGCGGGUGAAGCUGGAGAAGUCAGAGCGGCCCGUGUGCUCUGACAGCUCCUCGGCGGGCGACGACGGCUACCACACAGAGCUUGUGGACGGGGAGCAGGUGCUGGCGGUCAGCGUGGGCUCCUACGGCCCGGUCCUGCCCCCCUCUGCCUACUCCUACCCACCGCCCGCCCCCUCCUCCCUCACUAGCCUCGGCAACCCGAGCCCCACCCGCUCCAUGCUCGGCGGUUUCCACGGCGGCCGGGGCAGGCCAAGGCGGCCCGUGGCGACAGCGGGCCGGGGGUUGAGCGCCGUCCAGCCGGACCACGAGGACGGGGACGCCGCGGCGGGCGGGGCCGGCUUGGCCAACGACAUGCGGGAGCGCAGCAUUCGGGGCCAGUGGAGCCCGUACGGCGACAGGCUGGUGUGCGUCUACUGCGGCAAGUCCUUCAACCAGAAGGGCAGCCUGGACCGCCACAUGCGCCUGCACAUGGGCAUCACGCCCUUCGCCUGCAAGUUCUGCGGCAAGAAGUACACGCGCAAGGACCAGCUGGAGUACCACAUCCGCGGCCACACGGACAACAAGCCCUUCCACUGCCACGUCUGCGGCAAAUGCUUCCCCUUCCAGGGCACGCUCAAUCAGCACCUGCGCAAGAAGCACCUGGCCUCCACGGACUCCCCCGAGAUCGCCGCUGGAGGGGCGGAGCCCAACGAUGUGGACAGCGCCCCGCCCCCUGACGGCCAUGCGGCCUUGCGCUCGCAUCCCGCUGAGGAUCCGCCGGGUAGCGAUAACGGUGAAGGGAGUGCAAGUGGGAGCCCCUAGGGGGCGCUCUCCAGGCACGCAGAUGAGGUUUUUGUCAGUUCUGGUUUCCCCUCUCCUCCCAUAAGAUUUUUAAAACUAGUAUUCAUGGUUUUAUUUGUUGUCAGGGUUUUCUACCUGCUGUCCUUGUUAUGAAUUUCAAAUGGAGAAAAAAAAUACUGUUUUUUAUGGGAAGAAAGGGCAGGUGCAAAUGUAUUCCUGGGGUGUUAAAUGUACAUCAAGGGCCCCCAGUAAUCAAGGGCUCAUUUGAUUAUUUUUAUUUAGUUUUGCAUAUUUAGUGAGAAAUACAGGCAUGGAUCGUGUGUAAGGUCAGACCAUAGAUCGUUGUUGUGUCUAGUCUUGCCGUGACUUGCUCACACACCUGUGGUUCAGGGGGAAAGUAUGCUUUCUCACGAGUGCUUUCUCUUUUCCCCUCCUGCAAAGCAAAGCUUUCUUCAGCAUAUCAGUUAAUACCUCAUGACAAAAACCAUAACCGACAGUGUUCACUCCUCCGGGUUCUACCUCAUAAUCACAAACAAUCUGUUAUUUAAACUCGGUUUCAUAGGAGGGAGUUUGCAUUUCAGUUGCUGAACCUUGUGCAACACCUUACGCCAGGCUGUGGUUAAAUAUGUAAUAGUUGCAAAAUUGUUUUGUAGAGCCAGGGGCAGGGUUUUAUGCUCUGUUUAGCUGGCAAUCCAGAAUUUAUUACAUGAGACAAGCUGCUGAAUAAACACAAGAGUGUUGAACUGCGUUCCAUGGAGUAUUUGGUGGACUGCUAGCAUGGAGUGGGUGAGAGGGUGGGGACGCGAAUUUGAAGUAUGUCGUACUAUAAACGAUGCUAUCAGACAGCAUGCCUUAGCGAGCUCAUUUCUGCCCCACUCCGCCACUCAAAGGAGAAACAAAGUACAGCAAUAAAAAUGAAAUGGGGGGGGCUCUGUUUUGUCUCACCGCGGUGGGCUGACAAGCAGAAGCGUUUCUGAACCCAUGUUUGAGAAUGGGUUCGAAGAACGUUUCGGGGAUUUCAGACAUUGAAAAACAAGAGCUCGUGUGCAACAGCUCAUGUAUUCUUCCCUUUUUCCCCGCAGUAAGCAUUGGUACAUUACACGUUCUGCUGUUUCAUGAGAGAAUUUAUGCAGCGCAGAGGGAGAGAGUGCCAGCUUUGAUCUCAGUAUAUAAAUAAUAGCGCUUAAAAUAUGCAAACGAAAACAACAAAUAACACUAAUUCCCCAUGGCGCCUUGGCGUUCUGUGCUGUUUUCCGUUUUCUGCAUGCACAGUACUUUCCGUGGCUCAUCACUUCAUUCACUGACUGUAUCUAUGUUUUACUUGGCCCUGUCCAAUUAAAGAGGGGGAUCUGUAAGACAUAAAAACAGCAAUACUUUGCUUAACUUAGAUACUUAACUUUA